GGUCUUGCACUUAUGUUUUAGAUUCCUGUUAAUGCACUUGCAAGAAUACAUUUCCUGGAAACCUUAAGACAACCACCCCAACAAAGGUGAAGAACAGAAGAGGAAGGAAAGGACACUGGCAAGGGCAGCAUGGAUGCAGAGACAUAGGCCCUGGCAAUGUUGAAGACAGUGCUUGGUAUCAGUGGCUGCUCGAAGAGGCUGUGGUGGAAAGAAAAGCUCAACUACAGGGAAGAGUUGAUUCCCAGAAAGAGGCAAGCUCCCUGUGCUAGCCAGAGGCUAGGAAGUGCUAAGCAAUCCACCUGUCUGCAACAAGAGUUACAGCCAAAGAGCAUCAAGAUUUGUGGUGCAGCUGGAAGGCCACACCUGAGUGGUUGACUGCUAUGCAGGCUCCUCCUAUCAACCCAGUCUUCACCACAUUUCACUUUCUCAGUGAGCAGCUCCUGAAUCUGCCUAAAACAAAAGAGUUUGACUGUCCUGCUUUGCUUCACUUCUCUCAGUCCAGCCUCCUGAACCGUUUCCAGAGAUGGCUUAUCUUACUUGGCUUUUGGCUAUUCUUCACGUGAACAAAGCGCUGUGUGAAGAGACAUUGUGGGACACAACUGUUCGGCUUUCUAAGACUAUGACUCUGGAAUGUGUAUAUCCAUUGACGGAUAACUUAACCCAAGUGGAGUGGACCAAGAACAUUGGCACAGAGACAGUGAGCAUAGCUGUUUACAACCCUAAUCAUAGUAUGUACAUAGAUUCUUACUACCUCCAUAGAGUGCACUUUCUAAACUCAACAGUGGGGUUCCGCAACAUGAGCCUUUCCUUUUACAAUGCCUCCGAAGCAGACAUUGGCACCUACUCCUGCUUGUUUCAUGCUUUUCCAAGUGGACCUUGGGAAAAGAAGAUAAAAGUAGUCUGGUCAGAUAGUUUUGAGAUAGCAGCACCAUUGGAUAGCCACCUGUAUGCAGAACCUGGACAAGAUGUCACACUCAGUUGCCAGCUUCAAAGGACUUGGCCCGUGCAACAAGUCAUAUGGGAAAAAGUCCAGCCCCAUCAAGUAGACAUCUUGGCUUCCUGUAACCUAUCUCAAGGGACAAGAUACACUUCAAAGUACCUAAGGCAAACAUGGAGCAACUGUAGCCAGGGGAGCAUGAAGAGUGUCCUCACCAUCCCCCAUGCCAUGGCCACUGACUCAGGACUUUACAGAUGCCGCUCAGAGGCCAGUACGGGAAAAAACAAAACCUUUGUCAUAAGACUGAUCAUAACUGAUGGUGGAAACAAUAAACAUUUUAUCCUUUCCAUCGUUGGAGGGUUAGUUUCACUGUUACUUGUCAUCCUAAUUAUCGUCAUUAUCACUUUAUAUAACAGGAAGAGACGGAGACAGGUGAGAACUCCGCUUAAAGAGCCCAGGGAUAAACAGACUAAGGUAGCCACCAACUGUAGAAGUCCCACUUCUCCCACCCAGUCUCCAGAUGAUGAAAAAGAGGACAUUUAUGUAAACUAUCCAACUUUCUCUCGAAGACCAAAACCAAAAUUCUAAGCUGCUCUUUUGGAGCACAGUAGUGAUGACUUUUAUGGCAUGGAAUUUUACCCAUGCUCUCCUCACCACCGGGAUCUACAUUGAUUAAAAAAAUGAUUGAAUUUAUUUCAUCUUAUAUAUAGAAGUACUUUAUUACCUGGGGACAUUGUUAAUAGAGAUGCAUCAGAAAACCCAAAUCUAAUGUUCAUGUGUUCAAGGAACCUUCUUCCAUUAUGUAACAGAACAAUUGAGAGAGGAUUAAGGCUUUCUUGCUCUACUUGAAAUUAAUUGUGAGCAUAAGCUUGUUUCUGGAUUCAUCCUACAGUGUUGGUUCUACUUACAUACUACUGAUCCUACUUUCAUGCUGCUUCUCUCAGAUGCUUCCACGAUGGUUGCCAAGGACAUUUGGUAGAAAGUUUACUGGCUAAACAUAAGAAACAGAGUUCAUUAUUCUCUUAUUAGCAAGAAGGCAGCUUAUUAUUAUUCACUUAUUACUAUAAAGGAUUAGAUGACCUAAGUGAGCUAUAGGUUCAAGACCAGGACUAAAGCAUUACUUGGAAAUUCUGAAUAAUGCUAAAAAGGAGGAUGAAAGGAACCUAGAAGUUGAAUUAUUCCUAACAAACAUUGACUGAAAAGACAUCACUUGUUAACCAGAUAAAAAGUGAGUAUGCUGUGGCAUCAGCAUAAUUCAAAAGAGUGCAUGUAAAGGAAUGGCUAGGAAUGAGAUAGUUGUAUAAUUAUUUCUUUCUUUUCUAGUUUCAAAUGCCACCCAUUCAGGCCUGGCCUUCUAUACAGUAAGAUGGUCCAAUAAGAAAUAAUAUUUUUAAUAAUACUUCCUCUAUUUUUGAGAAUUAUUUUAAUAUGUAAACUUGUGAGUUAAAAAACUUGCAAAAUUAGCACAAGAAAAGAGAUGGAUGGUUUUAAGUAGUAGAAUACAGUAAUGUAGGAAUCUGAGAGCAGAGAGUUUGGGAGGGGGUAAAGAGGAAAAGACAUCACCAAAUAGUGAUUUAUGAGAGAAAAUCUGUACUUCAGAGUUUGAUCAAGACAAUCUCUCCCAACUCUGCUGGCACUGAGAGAAUGCACCUGAUGUCUGCAUUUUAGAUAGAGAAAAAAAGGAAUAUUUAUGAACUAAAUAAAACUAUAAUUAUCUCAAAACUAUAGUGAUCAUUAUCAAAUAGAAUGGUAUUUAGUAUCAAAAAGACCCAUUUCUUAUCUCUAAAAUUUUUUAAAUUAUCAUAGUCUUUAAAUCUUCAUUGUGGAAAACUUCAUUUAAGUUUCUGGUAUGUAAAUUUUGUUGCAAACUUAAGUGAAAUAAAUCCAAAUGCUAAUGCUGUUAUAUAGAGUCUAAAAUGUAAUCCAUAGUUUAAGUUAAUUAGUGGAUAUUUCAUACUUUUAACCUUAAAUAUCAUGAAUGAUGAAUAAGCCAACUAUUUUGCCAAUUGCAGAAAUUCAGAUGGUAAUAAACAAAAGUGACUGUUUUCUUAGUUGUGCUUAAAUAAGAAUGGUUAAUUAACUCAGAUUUUGACUGAUAGCUUGAAGAUUUUUAUGUCUUUAUAUUUUCUCUGUGUACCCUUCCUUUCUGUAUGUAGAUCCCUUACAGAAUUUAGUAUUCAUCAGGAAUACUUGCUAAAACCUCUGACUCCCCAUGUCUCUGUUAUGCUGCAGAGAUGAUGUUCACUGUCUCUCUAGACAUUUUUACUCAAGAAAGCACUUUAAUUGCAAUCUUUUUGUCCUACACAAGUCACAAAAUUUCUGGAAUGUGACCCCUCCAAAAUUUUUGUGUCUGUUGUUCUGAUUGGCAGCAGAAUGAUCAAAACUGAACCAACAAUAAAAGAUGAACAUCAGAAAU